GAGGGAAAGCAAUGGCCAACACUCAAAAUCAUAAGAACGAGAGAGAGAGAGAGAGAGAGAUGGCAGCUAUACCUACUAUUUCUUCACCUUUUCUUCAGCAGCAAUCCCUUUGCAGUCAUCAUCUUAGGAGGAACACCGGAUACCUUGGAAAGCAAAGAACUUUGAGGAUCAGAGCUGCAAGGCUUCCUGCAGGAGUGGAAGUGCCAAAAGUAGAGCCAAAACUUACAGAACCGUUUCUUGGAUUCACAAAGACUGCAGAGAUAUGGAACUCCAGGGCUUGCAUGAUUGGCAUCAUUGGGAUCUUCAUUGUGGAGCUUGUAUUUCACAAGGGCUUACUGCAGAUGAUUGGUGUGGAUGUAGGGAAAGGGCUUGAUCUUCCUCUAUAGCUUGCAUCUAAUGGAUGAGUGAAUUCGAUCCUCGAUCCAAGUCCAUGCUGGCUUCUUCACCACAUGGUUCUAUGCAACCCUGCAGCAUUGUCCCAACAACCAUCACCUGGCAAGGUCUCUAUUAUUGUGGCUAAUGGAACUCUUGGAUAAAUUAUUCUAGUCUAACAAGGAACUUCAAAGGAAGAUUUAUCAUUUGAAAGAAGGAGCUUCAAAGGGGGGAGAGAGAGAGAGAGAGAGUUGGGUUGGUCUCCAUUUCUUUCUUUCCAACCUGCAUUGUUGGAAGAGCAUAAGAAACUGAGGAGCUCUCUCACCCACCUAGUUCAUGAAAGGUCCCAAUAAGAGCCAUUAAUCUCCUUCCUCCUGUAAAUACUCUCAUGUUUUCACUCCUUAAUAAAAUUAGGGGAAAUCCCUUCAUUUUUUUACCAAAAAAAAGAAAGAAGGAUAAAUGGGAAUCCUAAUUGUUGCACCCUUUUUCCUAGUGACUGAAAAAUUUGAGUUCGAGUCUUGAGUGGUGCAUCCAAGUAUUUGAAUCAGGGUAAUUAUAAACAUACGGAUCUCCUUUCCUUACACUCAAGAGACCGAAAGAAAGAGAAGCCAAAGUUUUAGGGUUUAGGAUCUCUAUAGUCAAAUUCUCCAUACAAAUAAGGUCACUUGGGGGUGGACGCGCAGCUGCCAGAUUCAUCCUUCCUCAAUCUUCUGUGUCGACGGCCUCCUAAUCAGUCUAACAAAGCUAUUCAUGGAUGCCUAGAUAACAAAAAAGAGGGUGUGGAUGUAUGGAUUGGACCUCUCAAAUUUGGCUUGUGGUAGCAAUUACUAGCAUUCGAGAAUGUAAUGAAAUUGUACGGGGGACUAUCAUGUUCCAACAACUAAAAUGAUUCUAGUAUUUAAAUCCAUAUAAUCUAUGCACAUUCAAACUUGACAUAAAAACACAUAUAUAUUUAAUUGUGGGGUGGGGUGUUCUGUUAAAUACUUGCAUUUGACACUUACAUUGUACAUCGAUGGAAAUAUUAAUGGCUAUGAUUUGUACAGCAGGCAAGUGUGAUGCAUUCAAGAUUUUCACAUGAACCAAGGGUUGUAAGUAAUUAUCGAUGAUCAUAUGUUUUUGUUUUUGAGAAUCAUGGGAAAAGCAAACUGAAGGCUUUUGCACAAAGAGGGGCGUAUAAGUAACCGUAAAUUAUGACAAAAAGUGCAUGGUGAAUUCAGAUUGAGAGUUUAGCUGCAUAUUUUUUUUUAUUUUUUUCAUUUUGAGGUCUCUAAAAGCUGAAAUCUUGGUUAUCUUAGUGAUAAAAUUUAGAGAUGCCUUAGAUUUUCCGAAAUCUUAGCCCACAUGAUCAAAAAUAUUUUUAAAUAUUAACUUUUAAUUAAAAAUAAUUAAAAUUAUUGCUAAAUAUGUUGAUAUUAUAUUCAGUUUAUGUCCAACAAGAUAAUAAAGGCAUAUUUUCAAUCUAAUAAUAUCAGCGAGAGGCAUGCCAACAUCAAUAUAUGCAGCAAAAGAUUUGUUGAGGCAUA